CUGAAUUCGGCCCUUGUUUUCAAUAUUCAAGAGCCGGCUCUUUAUUGAUACAAGCCGCGGCAUCAUAUUAUCGUUGAGAACCCUCAUUGAUAUGACCAAGCAAGCAUGAGCCACCAACGAUACGCUUCUCACGAUCCGGUCAAGGAACCUCACUCCAUCUCCUUGAAGGUCCUCAGACUCUCCCGCCCAUCUCUAGUCGCCCAGCACCCCAUAAGCCCGAACGCAGCGUCGUCAGCAACACCUCGCCAACCACCAGUCCCAGCCUCCCUAGCCUACAGCACAACACACGACACCAACCCCUCGCCCUUCCUCCUCAGCCCCAUCCUCAACCUCCCACCAAGCUUCGGCUCCGCAUACGUCGGCGAGACAUUCAGCUGUACGCUAUGCGCCAACCACGAGGCACCGCCCGUGGCCGAGCCCGCGCCUGCACAGCCCAGCGGUGAUGCGCCCGCCGCGGCGCCGCGGCCGUCCAGGAAGUACAUCCGCGACGUGCGCAUAGAGGCGGAGAUGAAGACCCCGAACUCGACAGCCGUGACCAAGCUCGACCUCUCCCCCAGCACCCCGGACGCCGCCCCCGCCCCCGCCGCCGCCGACGAGCACGCCAAGGUCGGGGCCGGAGGCGUGGACCUGGAGCCCGGCAGGACGCUGCAGAGGAUCGUCAACUUCGACCUCAAGGAGGAAGGGAACCACGUCCUCGGCGUGACGGUGUCGUACUACGAGGCGACCGAGACGUCCGGGCGGACGCGCACGUUCCGCAAGCUCUACCAGUUCAUCUGCAAGCCCAGCCUGAUCGUGCGGACCAAGGCGUCGCCGCUCGCGCCCGCGAUGCCCAAGGCCUCAUCUCCGGCCACGGGAGGCUCCCCUCCGACGCCGCCGCCCGAGGGGGCCGAUGAGGAACCAGCUGGUCCCACGGCCGGCGAGGGCGACGGCGACGGCGGGGCAAAGGUCGAGGGGGAAGGGGUCAAGGCGGCCGGGCCGAGGAAGCGCAGGCGGUGGGUCCUCGAGGCGCAGCUGGAGAACUGCUCCGAGGACACGACCGAGCUGGAGCGCGUGGUCCUUCAGCUCGAGCCCGGGCUGUCAUACCGCGAUUGCAACUGGGAGGCGGGCGGGUCCCCCCGGCCGGUGCUACACCCGGGCGAGGUGGAGCAGGUGUGCUUCGUGAUCGAGGAGGUGGACCCCCAGGACGGUGUCGAAGAGCAGGACGGCAAGAUUCUGUUUGGCAUCCUUGGCAUCGGCUGGAGGACCGAAAUGGGCCAAAGGGGUUACCUUGCUACGAACAAGCUUGGGACCAGGCACAUCACAUGACAAUGAAUCAACACGCUUCUUCCAAGGCACGCUCGAAGCUCAUUGUGACAAAGUAACCGAGU